UUCGGCGGACGUCAUGACAGUAUGAGCAAUGUGUGGAAAUCAAGCCUGAGCUCCGACAUGUUGCUCCACGUUGUCAUCAUUUACUAAGUUGUAUCGUCGAAUGGCGGUUCAAGAAGAGCAUCUGAAAAGCUUUCUGCCCAUCUUGAUGCGACGAUUUUGAAGCAGCGGUUCAUGGACAGGAGUGUAGAGCUAUAGUUCCUUUGGAUGGAAUGAACUCUUAAAGGAUGAGUCACAAAUGGUGUCCCUGGGUUAAACUAAACAGAACGUUUCAUUCAUGCAAAUCAGCAUGCUCCCCAUUUCCCUUCUCAGGUACCUUCCACCGCUCAAUCAAUGUGCAACAUCCUCAUUGCGGCAAGACUGUCUCCCUCAACCAGGAGCACAUCUUCCACUCACGGGGGGUCCGAGCUCGAAAGGCAUGGCUCUGCAGGGUUUACCAACUUAGACAGAAGCCGGGGCUCCACACCAGCGGCUUGUUUUUGAACACCUCGGCACCGCGUUGGUCUGCAGGCCUCAGCCAACACAUGUCACGAGUGAGAAAUACGCUGGACACAGUUUCUAAAGCUGUGAUGCAAACGGACCUUCUCUCCAAGAUCGUCAGACUCAAACCCCACAAGGCUGGGCCAAGUGUGGUGCCGACUGCGGAAAAAACACACAGUCCUGUUUCUGCCGCCCCCAAGCAUGCAGCUAGCACUCCUUCUAGUCCAACAUCUGCAGCUACUUUGGAGGCCACUUCCACUGCCUUCUCUUCGCAGCCUCACAACGCCGCACAAGCCACUGCCACUGUAGAGGUGCAGGAAGUGAAGGAGAAAAAGCUGAGGCGUGUCGCUCCGGCUGUCGGAGCAGAGGAGCCUAAACAAUCAUCUAAUGAGAAAGCGCUUUUCCACCCCAGCAACUUUUCAGUCAACCUGGAUGAAACCUACAACUACUUGGCCCAUCACAUUAAUUCCUACUUCGGUACAAAAACUGUGGAGAAGAAAGACCAUGUCGAUAAAUCUGCCGCAUCUCCACAUCAACAAUCAAAUGACCUCUUGCGUAAUAAACCACCUCCUCCUCCUGCUGCUCCCACAUCCCCCAAGAAAGGUUUGGGCCACUACCUGUCCUAUUCCGCUCCCACCGUGCAAGCUUUUGUGGGCAACUACAUCGCCCCCUUGGUGCCAAAGUUCAGGACGGGGGAGUCCAAAAGUGCGACAGAUGAAGCCAACAAGCUUGGGGAUGAAGCGGCAGUGAAGCAGGUGGAGGUCGGCAUCAGUAAAGAGCACAAGGCGGCGACAGAGGAGAAGGCCAAGAAACUUCUGCUCCAAAGGGAAAAGAUCAUUGCCAGGGUGAGCGUGGACAAUCGAACCCGUGCUCUGGUGCAAGCACUCCACAGGGCCACGGACGUGAGGGUCUUCAUCAGCAGAGUGGAGGACCUCAGCUACCAUCUCCUGGAGUUUCCUGAGACUUGUGGGGUUGCUGUCAAGGAGAAAGUAAUCCCCUGCCUGCUGCGUCUCCAACAAGCAAGCGACCCCAGGCUGAGGGAAGCAGUGAGAGAAGCGCUUGCUCUGGUGGGCUACCAUAAGCCAGUUAAAGGCCGAGGCAUACGGAUCCUGUCCAUCGAUGGAGGAGGUUUACGGGGACUUCUUGCCCUUCAGACGUUGCACAAAUUGGAAACCCUGAGUGGCAAGCCCAUUUACAAACUGUUUGAUUAUAUUUGUGGUGUCAGCACAGGUGCUAUCCUGGGGUUCAUGCUGGGCGUCUUCCAGAUGCCGACCGACCAGUGCGACAACCUGUACCGCAAGCUGGGCCCGGACGUUUUCAAGCAAAAUGUGAUCGUUGGCACGGUGAAGAUGGGGUGGAGCCACGCUUUCUACGACAGCGAAGCCUGGGAGAGCAUCCUCAAAGAAAAAAUGGGCUCACACCUCCUUGUGGAGACUUCGAGAAACCCGGAAUGUCCGAAAGUGGCAGCAGUGAGCACCAUCGUGAACAGGGGCACACCACUGAAGGCCUAUGUGUUCAGGAACUACAACCUGCUGCCAGGGGUGCGCUCCCACUACCUGGGGGGCUGCCAGCACCAGCUCUGGCAGGCUAUCCGUGCCACAUCUGCGGCUCCAGGGUAUUUCCAGGAAUUCCCCUUGGGGAGUGACCUCCACCAGGACGGAGGGCUGCUCAUUAACAACCCCACAGCGCUGGCCAUCCACGAGUGCAAGUGUGUGUGGCCCGACACCCCCCUGGAGUGUGUGGUCUCGCUGGGCACGGGACGUUUGGAAGCUACGGGAAAGAACAGCGCCCCCUAUACCAGCCUCAAGACGAAAAUCAACAACGUCAUCAGCAGCGCCACUGACACUGAAGAGGUCCACGCCAUGCUGGACGGCUUCCUGCCCGCCGACACGUACUUCCGCUUCAACCCCUACGUGAGCGAAGACAUCUCCAUCGAUGACAACCGCCAGGAGAAACUGAGCCUACUGCAGGCCGAGGGCGUCCGCUACCUGGAGAGGAACGAGCACAAGCUGAGGAAGGCGGCCUGCAUCCUCACCAGAGAGAAAGGCUCGGGCCGGAGACUGGCAGAGUGGAUCAGGACCGCGGGUGACAUGUAUAGCUCCUUCAAGCUCUAGACGCCGUGCCAAGCACCCCACGUGGCCCUCGACAACACUGUGUGAACAUUGAAAGCUUUGGUUUAUUCAAAUAAUACUCCCGCUUCUUAAGGUAAUACAAGCACACCCUUUACCUUUCACAGCGACAUUCAAAGAGCCGCUUGUUUUGAAAAUAAUCACAUCGGUUUUCAAUCAUUGUUUUGGGAUUGACUUGACCGGUCCUGUGGUGCUGUUUUCCUGUUUAACUGGACCUUUUCUACUCCAGCCCCAAUUCAUUUUUUAUUUCAUUUCAAAAAAGAUUUUGCCAGCACUUUUUAAAAUAAAAAAAUAAACUUUUCUUUUUCGUUUGUUUCUAUUUUAAUAUUUACUUUUAAAAAAAUCUGGUUCACCUGCAACACUGUACAGGACAAGACUGUAAAGCAGGGGUGUCCAAAUUGCGGUCCAGGGGCCGUUUGUGUCUGCGGCACAUUCUAAAAAUAUCAUUCAACAAAGAAAAUUAAAACAAGACAGAAAAAAUUGAAAAAUUAGUAGUAAUUUUAUAUGAACAAAGUUAAAAUAUUAAGAAAGAAUAGUUGUAAUCUAACAAGAAAGCCUAAUUUUAUGAGAAUAACAUUAUUAGGACAAUUGGACAUCUUAGCAUAGCUUAGUAGCACAAAGUUGAAAUAUUCAAGAAAAUUAACAAAGAAUAUUAUGACAAACAAAACAUAAAAAGUUGUAAUUUUUGGAAAAUUUGGUUGUGGAAAAAGUUAUGUUAUGAGAAUAAAGUAAAAACAUGGGAAUAAAGUCCUACGUCAUUACAAGACUGCUGUAAUUUUACGAGAAUUAAAUCAAAAUAUUAAAAGAAAAAAAUUGUAAUCUAACAAGGCAAAAAAAGUCACAUUUUUGUGAAUGAACUUAAUUUUAUGGGCAAAAAUAAUGUCAUUUUAGUUGAAAUGUUCAAGAAAUAUAUAUAUAUUUCAAUUGUAAUAUGAGAAACACACAAAAUAAAGUUAUAAUAUGGAAAAGAAAAGAAGAAAUUGAAUACUUGGAAAAAACAGCACAAAUGGGGAAAAAAGAGCUGAGAUUCACUUUUUUCUUGAAAUAAAUAUAACUUAGCAUAUCUAUACAAUAAACAUCUGGAAUUUGAGGAGAAGAAAGUUGUAAUAUUAUGAAGAAAAAAGAUGUCAUUUUAGUAGCAUUGAGUCCCAAUUAUUAAAGAAAAAUAUGUUACUUUUUUAAAAAGUUGAAAUAUAAGUUGCAAACAAAACCAACUAAGGUUGCGACUUUGGGAACAUUAUACGUUGGGAAUAAAGGCAGAAUAUUACGAGAAAAAAAAAGAUUAUUCAAGAAGAAAGUUGAAAUAUUUGGAAAUGAAAUAUAUUUGGAAAAUUCAACAAAUCAAAAAUGAGAAGAAAAGGUCCAAAAGAGUGAAGUUGAUAUGAAUAUGUGACAAUCUAUGUGACAAAGUUGAGAUGAAUAUAUAGAUGUUAGCAUAUCUACAGUACAUGUGGUACUUUACUAAAUAUCAUCCUUUCAUUUUUCACGAUGUGGCCCUCACUGGUAGAAAAGCCUUUGACACCCCUGCUGUAAAGAAUGUUAAAAAAGUAAUGGAAAUUCAUGUAAGCUUUAUAUAAAUUUGCAUGUAUGAAUUGCAGCUUCUUGAAAAUGGACAAAUAUGUAAAUAGGCAGAAUAUUCCACAUUUCAUGCACAAAAGAAAAACAGAGUGGACCUCAAACUGUAAAUAUAGAUGUUCUACUUUUGUAUUAGCUUAAUUUUACGAGCCUGUUUGGAUGUGUACUUCACUCUUUAGUGUCUUUGAGUAGGCAGGUACUGGACUGCAUCAUUACUGUGCCAUGCAGGCUCGUCAAGGACCAGUACUGCAGUAGUGCAGUCAUGCCAAAUAUUUUUCAACAGCUCCAUUCUUCCGCUGUCUGUGCCCAUGAAAAGAACAGCGUUUGUGUGUGUAGUGUUGAGUAUGGAAAUAAAACCCAUCAUUGAGUGAUGUCAUGAGGAGCAAUUGCACAA